AGAAGAUAUUCUGGAUUUUGAAGCCCUGUGAUCGGAGGAUGGUUGUCACUUUACUCUGUAACAAUCGAAUGUUUCCCCUUGAAGUAUUGCCAGUUGGAAAUCCAUCUGCAACACCCACUCCAGUUGGAACUUCAUCCGCAACGCCAACUUCAGUUGGAACUCCAUCUUCAAUGCCCACUUUAGUUAGAACUGCAUCUGCAAUAUCCACUCCAUUUGCAACGUCAACUCUAGCUGGAAAUCCAUCUGCAACGCCCUAUCCACAUGGAACUGCGUCUGCAACACCAAAUCUAGUUGGAACUGCAUCUGUAACGCUCACUCUAGUUGAAAAUCCAUAUGUAACGCCCACUUUGGUUGAAACUCUAUCUACAACGCCCACAGCUCUUGUUGGAACUCAAGCUGCAACGCCGACUCUAGUUGGAACUCCAUCUGCGACGUCAACGUUAGUUGGAACUCCAUCUACAACGCCCACUCUAGUUGGAACUCAAUCUGCAACUCCGACUCUAGUUAGAACUCAAUCUGAAACGUCAACUUCAGUUCGAACUCCAUCUGCAACGCCCACUCGAAUUGAAACUCGGUCUGCAACUCCGACUCCACUUCGAACUCAAUCUGCAAGCAUUGAUGUUUUUGUGUCUCCACCAAACCGUUAGAUUUUUGAUUUCCCCUUUGAAAAGAAAGGCAUGAAUGAACCUCGGGUUCAGGAACAUUGAAACAGACUUAGUUUAAUUCAAUACACAUGAAUCUACACAAUGUUUAUCAGAAUAUACACUUGAAGUAUUCAAAGGCUGUUUUGGACUAC